ACACACAUCACCCACAUCCAUCCAUCCCUCUCCAUCGAUCAAGAAAUAAACAAGAAGGUUCUGCCAACUUGCUACUUUCUAGCUCACCAAUGGCCUCCUCAUCGUCCUUCUGCUUCCUACUCGCGGUGGUGGCAUUGGCGGCAUUGUUUGCCAUCGGCUCGUGCGGCACUACGCUCACCAUCGAGGUCGGUAAGGACUCCACCUCCACCAAAUUAUCCCUUAUCACCAACGUCGCCAUCUCCGAGGUGUCGGUCAAGCCCAAGGGAGCCACGGAUUUCACGGACGACCUCAAGGAGUCAGAGCCUAAGACUUUUACGCUCGACAGCAAGGAGCCGAUUGAGGGACCUAUCGCCUUCCGCUUCCUUGCGAAGGGUGGUGGCUACCGUGUUGUCGAUAAUGCGAUCCCUGCUGACUUCAAGGCCGGCUCGGUUUACAAGACCACCGAACAAGUCUAAGCAAUGGACACAUGUGGUCAUCUGCCGCGUAGAGAUUAUACUGACCUCUAAAUAAAUUUUCUACAGAGACCAAGGGUACAGAAUGACCAUGCCAAAUUUUUUUUUCUAUGAUUAUUUAGAGGUAGGCUACCACAAAAUAAAUUAUACUAUGUUCUCCCACAUGUUGUUGUGGAGCACUGGAGCUAUAUGCACACACUUUACAAUAUUGUUUAUGUGUGGUAAAAUAGUGGCCGUGUACUUUGGUUUUCCAAACUUCUAAUAAAUAUAUGUAUGUAAGAAUCGAUGAAGCAUGUUUACCUUGUGUAGCAUGGAAGAAAUGCUAUGGAAUUUCAAUUUACACGUGAUGUUUUU